GACCGUGUCAAACACCAAGGCCGACUUUUCUCUAUAGGACACCAUUGACCGACUUUUCCCUAGGAUAUUUGCCGGGCUUACUGCAACUUUAAGCGAAGCGCUUUAACCCCUCCCAUAUUAUAUAACUCCUUGGUGUUCAAGCUAUAGUACCCUCUCUCUCUCUCUCUCUCUCUCUCUCUCUCUCUCUCAGAUCAAUGGAAAUUAGUGGAAGCAGGUCCUUCACCUUAAGUUUAGCCUUUCUUCUUCUUUGCUUUUGCAGUGAAACUUGUAACGCUGACAACAGUAGUGCCAAGUCCUGCACUUCAUCCUGCGGCCAUAUCCACUACAUAAGCCAUCCUUUUCGACUGAACGAUGAUCCAAAGUACUGUGGCAACAUAAUGUAUACUCUGUACUGUGAGAGCAACAUUACUGUACUAGACGUACCUUCUUCCGGAAAAUACUAUGUCCAGGCAAUCAACUACAUUAACAAUACAAUCCGAGUUCUAGAUCCUGGGCUUGACAACAACAAUUGCUCUUCCAUGUCUCAAAAUAUUCCGCCCACCACCGAGGACAUCAAUUCUCCAUAUUGGCCCACCUAUGACAUCAAUUCUCUAUCUAUAUAUUACUUGAAGUGUUCGAAUCCAUCGAAUUCUUCUCUGUACGUGGACACUGCUCCAUGCUUGAAUAAUACUUCUUCUUCUUCUUCGAGUCAACCAAAAACGUAUAGCUAUGUCAUGGUCGCUGACUAUGUCGGGGGCAGGUUGGAAGCAUGGGAUUUGGAUGAGGGUUGCAGUGUAGAGUGGAUGAGUUUGGCUGCCGGCUACGUUGAAGACUACAGCAACUUCUCUUAUAAAGACAUACACAAUGCCCUCAUGUAUGGCUUUGAGCUUCGUUUCGGGGAAGAUAGAUGCCCAGGACAGUGGACUGCGGUUGAUGUGUCUACAUGUUUUCCUCACACCAUUUCAGGUUUCUUUCAAUAUCUAUGGCACCAAAUCCGUCAAGAACACAACUAUUGGCCUGGCAAGUGGCAUUCAUCAUACAGCCACGAGAUCUCACUUGGAUGGUUUAUACUCAUAUGGAUCGGGUUAUUUUUCCUAGCCAGAUUUGUUUUUGGAGUUCCAGUUGUGACUGCAUUUCUAAUCUACACAUGGCGCAGAAGACAUUUAUCAAUGUAUAGCACAAUAGAAGAUUUUCUGCAAUGCAAUAACAACAUCAUGCUUAUAAGGUACUCUUACUCGGACGUCAAGAAAAUGACUCGCAGGUUUAAGGACAAGUUGGGCGAAGGUGGCUUUGGCUCUGUAUUUAAGGGAAAGCUACGCAGUGGUCGAUUUGUAGCAGUUAAAGUUUUGGGCAAGCCCAAAGCUGAUGGCCAAGAUUUCAUUAGCGAAAUAGCUACAAUCGGAAGGAUUCACCAUGCCAAUGUGGUACAACUUGUUGGAUACUGUGUUGAGGGAUCAAAACGCGCUCUAGUAUAUGACUUCAUGCCUAAUGGUUCUCUUGAUAAAUACAUUUAUUCCAAAGAAGGAAGUGUCCCCUUAACUAUCAAGAACAUGUACGAGAUUUCUCUUGGAGUGGCUCAAGGGAUCGAAUAUCUACACCAAGGUUGUGAAAUGCAAAUUCUACAUUUCGACAUCAAGCCUCAUAACAUCCUUCUUGAUGAGAACUUUAAAGCAAAGGUUUCUGACUUUGGGCUUGCAAAAUUGUAUCCUGUAGAUAAUAGCAUUGUCUCUUUGACGGCAGCACGGGGUACACUGGGAUAUAUUGCUCCUGAGUUGUUCUACAAAAAUAUUGGAUGCGUCUCAUACAAGUCAGAUGUCUAUAGUUUUGGAAUGUUGUUGAUGGAAAUGGCAAGCAGAAGGAAGAAUUUGAAUCCAACGGUAGAGCAUUCAAGCCAAAUCUACUUCCCAAUGUGGGUAUACGAUCAAUAUAUUGUGGGAAAUGACCUGGAAAUGGACAAUGUUACAGAGGAGGAAAAGAAAGUAAUAAGAAAGAUGGUUAUAACCGCCUUGUGGUGUAUUCAAAUGAAACCAAAUGAUCGCCCUUCGAUGUCCAAAGUUGUCAAAAUGCUUGGAGGAGAUGUUGAAUGUCUGCAAAUGCCUCUCAGGCCUUCUCUAUGCCCCCAACAGACGCCUGUGACAAUGGGUGAUAUUCAAGACAAUGAAUUGAACCCAAGAUGUUCUAACGCGGAGCUAACGUGUUCAUUGUCAGCUAGGUGAUAGUCAAAUGGUUAAGAAAGUGCAGUAAUGUAUUAUUAAUUAAAUUCUUGCCUUAAAGUGAUUUAGUGAAUAACUGUUGUCUGUAAUUGUUUGGCAUAACUUGGCCAGACCAAAAUCAGAGAUUUUUGGCGUGAUUUUUUGGUCGAGCAAAACAUUAUGGGGUUUGAUAUCGAAAUGGAGGAUUUGUAGAUCA